UUCUAUCCCUGUACUGUCAAUUUGGGUUUCAGAUUCCAUCCCCGUCUCACAGAUAGCCUCACGCGGCGAUAUCAACACGGGGGUCCGCGCUCUCCACGCUUUCUAGUCUUGUCCAGUUUCUCUAACUGUAGACUGUUGGAUACCAUCUAACUCCGUCAUCAAAGGAUAGUGACACAAAAUUAAAAACUGUGGAUCCUGAUAAUUUUUUAAAACGUAAGAACAUCGGCAAACGAAGUUUUGUUUUAUUAUUCAUUUAUUUUUUUGUCUCUGUCCCCAAGGAUUUCCAGGAUUUUUUUGUCUGUGUCCCCAAGGAUUGCUUGUAUGUUUUGAGUGCUGAGACCGUGCACUUCUGGUACACGGGAUUUCUUUAGAAGUUUGGGGGUGGCAUCCUUUCUGGGCUUGGGAGUUUCGUGUGGCACUUGUAAGAGGGACCAACACAGCCAACACACACAAGGCGGACUUCCCACUGAAAAGGGCAGCGCGAUCGCAAACCGCUCAGAAUGUAUCCGAAGUGCUUGCUCUUUCUCCUGAACAUCUCGCUAUUAGUGCGCGUGCUGCUGGCUUACGAGUGCACGCCAUGUGAUCUCCGGACGUGUCUGGUCAAAGCACCGCAUGCCUGCGAGAGCGGUCGGACUCUGGCCAAAGAUCCCUGCGGAUGCUGCGAUCAGUGUACCCGGCUGGAAUGGGAACUCUGUGGCGGCCAAGACUGGGCACUGGGUUAUUGCGCUUUGGGACUGACCUGCGUGUCUGUCAACCAGACAGGGCUUGUGAAUACCCGCAAUCCCGAAGCCGAAGUUGGAGUUUGUAAAGCUUUGCUGGAGUUUCCUGAUGCUGGUCUGGAGGAUGAGCUGUGUCCGUUGGUGAGCGGAUGCGACCGGACUGGAGGGAAGUGCAUCUGUGACUCCAGACACUCCUGCCUGGCCUCCUUCUCCUACCCUGACAAAGAAGCCUGUGCCAGGGUUGCCAAGUCAGAAGGGAGACGGCAUGACCGUGAGCACCGGGAGAGACACAGGGAGAAGUUUGUGGGGUCGGCCAGCCCAGCCUGCUCCUUCUCCGGCUGCAACCUGACGGCUGAAGGCUGUGUGUGCCAGUCCCAGAGCUGCUAUGACCACUUCACCUACCCCGACCGCAGCCAGUGCCAGCAGGCCGCAGAGGAGCUGAAGUGUGCCGGCGUCACGUGCGCGCCCCUGCCCGUGCCCGAGUGCCCCGGUGACUCAGUGUUGACGCUCAGCUACACGCCCCCUGCUGGUUGCUGCCCCACCCUGCCCCCCCACUGCACCUGUGGCACGUGCCCCUCGCCCCCACUCUGCCCCGCCGGCCAGAAGGCCGUGCCCCUCCACCAGGCCACGGGCACGCCCGGCGACUGCUGCCAUGACUAUGAGUGCCAGAGAGUCUCCCCUAAGUGUGCCCAUAAUGGCAAGGAGUACUCGGAGGGCGAGGUGUACCGCAUGGACGCCUGCUGGUUGUGCCAGUGUCGCGGUGGCAUCUCCUUCUGCUCCAAGGCAGAGUGUGCCGAGCUCGACUGUGACAACUUCUACAUCCCCGAGGGAGAGUGCUGCCCUGUGUGCAUAGAUGUGGAGCUGCUGUCUCGGGACAGCACUAAGGCCAGCUGCUGGGUGAACCAUAAGCUACGUCAGCACGAGGAGCAGUGGAAGGAGGACGACUGCACCUUCUGUCAGUGUGUGGACGGGGACCCCCACUGCACCGCCAUGGCCUGCAAACAGAGCUGCCAGAACCCCGUCAAGAUACCUGGAGAGUGCUGCCCCUUCUGCGAAGAGCCUUCGUAUGAGACGGUGAGCCCUCUUCUGUGUCCACCACUGGAGAACUGCACGCUCUCCGGCAUGGAUUGUCCCUAUGGGUUCCAGCAAGACAAGAAUGGAUGUCUACUGUGCCAGUGUCUCAGCAAUGACUCCUGUCCUGACUUGGCCAGCUACUGCUCGCUGGAGUGCCCCAUGGGAUAUGAGAAGGACGACUUUGGCUGCGAGGUGUGCGAGUGCAGCCCACCUGUGCCCAGGUGUCGCCCACUCACCUGCAGCAAGACCUGCCCUUACGGAUAUGUGAGAAACAAGCAUGGUUGCGAGAUGUGUCGCUGUGUUAAGUGUCCCCCCUUCACCUGUGACAAGCACUGCAGCGAAGGCUACCAGCAGAACAGGAAAGGGUGCAGCAUGUGUCUGUGCAAAGAGAGCUCCCGUGUACCCACUACCUCCAUUACCACCACGACCUCCACCUAUGUGCCACUGCCCCUACCCAGCUACUGUCUCACGGCAAACGGGCGCCGCUACGAGGAGGGCGCGAGCUGGCACGACGGAUGCCGCGACUGCUACUGCCACGCUGGCCGGGAGAUGUGCGUCCUUAUCUCCUGCCCCGCCCCCACCUGUUCCAGUCCCGUUGUCCGGCCGAACCAGUGCUGUCCCAGCUGUGAAGAUGAGUCAGGCAGUGGGCAGGUGGAGGGCAUGGACCUGGUGGUGUGCCGCGCUCCUGGAGGGGAACUCUAUGUGGAGGGGGAAACGUGGAAUCUGGACGAGUGUACGCGCUGCACCUGCAGGAAGGGCCGGGUGCUGUGCGACACCGAAGUCUGUCCCCCGGCACUGUGCCAGUCACCCACCAGGAACAAGGACACCUGCUGCCACGUCUGCCCAGAGGACAAGCUCAAGCCCCUCCUCCCAGUCAACGGCAGCCAACAGGAUUACUGCAUCUCCAGCGACGGAGACGUGCUAUUGGCCGGCGACUCCUGGAAGGCCAAUGCGUGCACCAGCUGCACCUGCAGGAACGGCAGCAUCCAGUGCUUCUCCCAGCGCUGCCCGCCUGCCAACUGUCGUGUGCCCGUCCUCCGCAAGGGCCAGUGCUGUCCACACUGCCUGGAGGUUACAACCACCUCAGUGCCAAUGCUUCUCUCAACCACGACAACCAAGCCUCAGACCACCACCACCCCCACCACCACCCAAAGCAGCGUGGCAUGGAUCACCACAGCAACAGUGCCUCCCAUUAUUGCAUCAACAGACGGUAAGGGCUUGAGUGAAGGAUCCCCGACUCAGACGGAGAUGGCCCUGAUCUACCAAUCAGCGGCGUGGAUCUUGGCUGGCCUCCUCUUCGCCAUUGUCAUCUUCCUGGUCGUGGCGCUCCUCAUCAACAAGAAGAAGAAGUGGGUGCAGAUGUCCUGCUACAGCGCGCCCAAAAAGACAGUGAUUCUGAAAAAGCACGUGAACAAGAACUCAGUGGUCUACAUGGAACCGUCCAAGGAGAACAAGUUCCAGAACGUGAAGAACGACUGCGGCAUCAACUUCUCCUCGGACAUGGGAUCUCCGUGUCGGGACAGGAUGAGCAUUCCUCGAGCCAAACUCUGCAACGGACACGGGAAGGUUCAGCGCUAGAGCGAAGACAAAGCAAACACAUAAACAUCACACACACACAUACACACACACACACACACACUCUUCAUGCAUACACAAUCACAGUGCACAGCAACACUUGACUGAACAAUGUGCUUUCACUCUGUCACACACACACACACACACACACACACACACACACAGACACAGACACACACACACAAAAGUCUACAGAGGUCUCUCAACAAGAAACACUUGCAGUUCCCUGGUUGGACUCUUACCUCUUCACUGGAGGCAAGGAACUCCAGUUAUGCGAUGAGAGAUGAGACAAUUUCGCCAUGUGCAAUGAUGCCUAUGACUACCGUAUGACCUUUAACCCCCUGUUUGGAGCUUUAACUUGCGCCACUGAUAUCAGCAAGACACAUGGCGGAGCAGUGCUCACCAACACAUGGAUGGAACAUUUCUAUAUCAGAGAGGCACAAGGAGUGUGUGACUGCAUACUGUUGCCUUCGAGAGACGGACAAAUUGUGGGUCAAUACAAAAAAGAUGAUGAAAAGAUUUCUAAGAUUUCUAAAAGAAAAAGCUUUAGGGUGGGGGGUUGGAUUCUGUCAGGGCUCUGGAGAUCUGCUGGGGCUUGUGCCAAGCUACACUCAAUCAACCCAACCAGCAUUAGCAUCUGACUCCAGGCUGUGCAACCUGCUGGAAUGGGACAUCCCACAGCUAACUGGCUAACGCUGUUAGCAACCUAGCAGACUGAAGGGGCUGAUAAUGGACGAGCGAAAUUCCUCAAGGUUCAACAGCAGAAGACCCCUGAAAAGCCCUCAAGGAUGGAUUCCUUAAAUAACUUCACUACUUAUGGAGGAGUGGUGUCCACCUUACCAUUUUAUAUACAUAUAUCUCCACUUGUAUUACUCAAACAUAUUAUUCUUAGUCACGUUUAUGCCUUUGUGGUUAUAUAAAACAAUUGAAACUCUAGACUUAAAUCUUACACAUUUCCCCUCAUGGAGAUGUUUAAGAGAGGUAACGUGCCUCAUUUGAAAACCAAAGCCUGGCUUCUUUGGGAGGAGGGUUGGGUAGGGAUAAUGUGUUUAGUGCGAGAGAAGGAAAGUUAUAGUACCAGAAACGGCUAAAUAUGGUGCCCCCGGAUCAGGGCCUGAUGAGGGCCGGAUCAGUCCCAUGGUUCCUUGCUCUCUGAGAGCGAAUGUACCGCUAUGCAUCUGAGCACAGUGUUAUUCAUCUGCCAGAUCUAGCCUAUUUGUCCGGUUGGUGAAUAACCGGAAGGGAUGUUGCGCGAGUGCAUUGCAAGGCAACUUGGUGAAAACAAACAACUGUCAAAAACAGUGUUUGACAUUUCCUUGUAGCAGUUCUAACCUAAAUAUUUAAAUAAGAAAUAAGAAACAUUGCAAAAACGACAGCUUCACGUUCUGUGGCCCGGUUUUUAACAGAUGUUUGUUUUCACCAAGUUGUCCAGCCACUCCAGUAUAUGACGUCACACCAACCAGUCAAAUUGUGCAUCAUUAAUCACACUAUUCAGGGUUACAGUUUUCAGUAACUCUUUUCUUGAACCCUAAGACUAACAUAACUGUCAUAUACAUGCCAUUGCAGGUGCCAUAUUCUGAGACAAGCUCUCUACAUAUUGUAUCAGUUGAUAUGACCGUCAUGUUAUACUUAUCCAAAAAAUGUUAUAUUGUGACUUACAAGCAUGUAAUAUAAACUGUUAAGGCUUCAAACAUGAAAGCACUCAUGAUGAUUACCGAUUAUGAUGACAUGACUGUUAUAUCACCAAACUUUAACUAUCCACAAUAAUGGCAAAAUAUGGCAUCUGCCAUUGGCAUCACAGUGAACUAGUUAUGUCAGUCUUAUGACAAAUGAUUCACGUAAAGUUUCCGACUUGUGUGACCAUGUAUAGAGAAUGAAUCACAGAUUUGGUGGUCUUUCAUAGCUUUUCAAAGCUAGUUCUGAUUAAGCAUCAUAAUACUCUAAAAGUGCCACGUGAGACAGUGUUGUAUUGUUAGUAGGAAGUGUUGGCUUGCCAUUAUUCUGUUUUCAAUUCAUGCUUCAAUUAAGACCAUACUGCCCUCUAUUUUCAAAGGGUGUUGAUGAGAGGUUGUGAGAGCAAAGCGUCUCAUAUAUAGACCAUGUAUUAUGCAUCUGAACAUAUUCCAGAAAUGUAACUCUUUUCUUAGGAUCAGAUGUCUCAAAGAAAAAGUGCAAAGACUCCGUUGGCCAUCUGUCAUGGACAGAAUGACAAACCACUUUAACAAUCAUACGGUUUCACAGCAGCCGGGCUUCGGUGAAGUCAGAGAAGCCAAAAGAAAGCCCCCUCCCCCCUACCCCCUACCCCUGUCCCUCUCACUAUUACACAACCACCUCUGUUAAGAAUAGUAAAGUUCUGGAACUGAUUUCCUGGUUACGUCUUCAGUGUUUCAGUACAAUGUGUAUACUGAUGCCAAAUUAAGGAGGGGGCUCGCAUGAUAGAUAUACAGAACGUUCAGUCAGAUAGAACUGAAAAAAAUAUGCUGAGUUUGUGUGUGUGUGUGCGCGCGUGUGUGUGUGUGUGUGUGUGUGUGUGCGUGUGUGUGCGCGUGUGUGUGUGUCUCACACACAAACCCAGCAUAUUGUUUGUCUCAACUACUCUCGCUAUAGUUGAGCUUGUCUGCGUUUUUCUGUGAAGAGGGAAUCUGUAUAACCUUCUGAAAUUUGUACUUCCUACAUGUAAAAAAAGAUAGAUAAACAAAGUAGAUGAGAGGAUAUCUUAUUUAUUUUUUUCACAUAGCUUUAUUUAUUAAUACUAAACUAUAGUUUGAAUUAAAAGUUAAAAGUGUUUUUCUUUUUUUGUAUUUGGCAAAGAAUCCUGGUAGCCAAAGCUGCUGUACAUUUUAGAUAAUGUAAACCAUUUCCCCAUCUUCCUCUGCUUUGAUAUUCCAGCUUAUUUAUUUUACUUUUAUGGGCAAAAACUGUAAAUACGUAUUUCUUAGAUGUUGAACUGUAACAUUUACACUUAUUUUGGACAAAUAAAGACGUGUGAACAAAA